UGCAUUAUCUUUUUUUUUUUUUUUUUUUUUUGACCAAACAGAUUUUGUCAGAUUUGGUACAUUUAGUAGUUAGAGCCAAGAUUUCUGUGUGGACAGAAUUCACUCACACAUGCAGCACCGGGUGUGUAGUUCAUUUGCAUCUUCUUCAACUUCCUGUUAACUCUCUGCACACAUGGGAGCUCAGCUUCACACCGCAGCACAGUCCUCCUCUCUUAAACCUUAAGCUUAGAGCUUAUUUCACGUGCCUUGUAUCUUUUCUGGCACUGCCAUACACCCCUAACACCUUGUGUUUUUGUUUGCUUUUAUUGAUCAACUUGAUCCUAGAAUAGAACAGAAUCCCUUUUUAGUCUUUUAAUGCAUUAUUGUGUCUAAUUUGUGCAAAUAAUCUGACCUCGGCCAUUUUCUUCAUCUCUUCAGAACACAUUUAGAGUUGAGUAUCGUAUUUCACGCGUUUGGCUCAGAUCUGGACUCAUUCGGUGACACCUGGCUGACUCCGUGUGAGCAUGAAUGGACUCCUGGCCGUCAUUCCAGCGACACUCCGGACUGACGCGCAUGUAUCUUCGUCAGCUGCGCCUCUGACGGUGGGUGGAGGAGCUCACCGGAGCGCAGCAGCGCAGCUCACACACAGAUUAGUGUUGGUCACCAUGAGCCACCGGCAACGCGCGCUCAGCUGCCUCUCCAUCGCGCUCGUCCUGCUGCUGUGGCGCGUGGCGGAGCUCGCGGUAGCGGCCGAGUACUCCUCCAAAACCGACUUGGACUACGAGUUCGGGGACUACCGGGGGAAGUGGUGCAUCGACGACCACGGUUUUGUUUACGGCAUCGGAGAGGUUUAUUACCCGAGCCCCACGGCGUGUCCGUGCACGUGCACCGUGGACGGUCCCGUGUGCGUCCGACCCAAGUGUCCCCGCAUCCACCCCCGGUGCACGCGGAUCAGAUAUAAGGGAUGCUGUCCGGUGUGCGAGGCUAUGGCCAGGGUCUGCGUCUACGGGGGCAAAACGUACCGGCUCCUUGAGGAGUUCAGGCUGUCGAGGUGCGAGAGAUGUCGCUGCGAGGCCAACAGAGAGGUGUACUGCAGCAUUUCGGACUGUCCUGCCCCUCACUGCGUCAACCCCACCUAUGAACCCAACCACUGCUGCCCCAUCUGUAAGACUGGUCCCAACUGCUUUGCUGGGAACAGGGUGAUCCCAGCAGGGGAGCGUGUAAACACCGAUGAGCAGACAGUAUGCUACUGCACCUACAGGGACGGGACGUGGCACACCCAUCCCCAGGCCACCUGCGAGCAGCGCCCCCAGCCCAGCCUCAUCCCCAGUGCCCGCACCGAGCCCCCCGAGGACGAGAACAGAAGGAGGAGAGGGGGGAGUCCAUUUAUUCCCAGACUAGAUGUGAUACCAUGAAGAGGAGUGUCAAAUAAGAGUCUCCUGUCAUAGAUGCAGGGUCACUUUGCAGGUGUUAAACUCUGUUUGUAUCUGUUAGAAUAAGGAAAUCUAAGCUGAGCUUAAGUAUAGCAUUACUCAGCCUGCAUAUUUAUUUUUAACAUAACAAAUUAGAUUAUUUCAGAACAGCUCUGCCUUGAAGAAUGAAGGAUUAUCCACAGGAUGGUUGGUGUUAAGGGUGAAAAAGGAACUGGAGGGUGAAACUGCAAAAAUGAACUAGAAAAAUAAAAUAAUUAGUUGGUGAUUAGUUAGUGUUGUUGCACUUGCCAAACUUUCCGUUCUCGCUCAGCACACGAUGCAGUUAUGUCAAUGCUGUCAGGUUUACUUUUGAUAAUGUUGAAUAAUUUUUGAAACAAUGGGUCCUGAUUUCAGACAGAGGCAGUCAUGACCAUCAAAUUUACCAACAUUAAAUAAAAUUAGAUAAGAUUUUACCAUCUGUAGGUAUCAAGCUAAACAUGACCAUCAACAUUUGCACCAUGAGUUGGUAAAAACGCUGUCUGCAGCUGACUUUUCAUCUUUCCAGCUGUGGUAAAAAGGGUUUUUACUAUGCACGACCACAUACAUGAUAUGCUAAAACGCUAAGGCAAAAAGCUAACUUCUUCAACAACUAUCCACAUAGAAGAACAUAAAUAAAUUAUUAUGUUGUAUUGUGCUUAUUAGUAUUGUCAGUGUGAAAAAUGAGAAAUGUAAGAAUCUUCUGUAACUUUAGUUGUGUGUGCCUACAUGAAGUUCUAUCUUGGGAAACAAUGGCUGCUGGAGUUUAAACUUUCCCAGUCAAAAGAUCAAGGACAGAGCUGCUAACGUUAGCUUAAACUCAACAACAGGAACAUGCCACACAGUGGACUUACUAUGGACAUGAACAGAGGUUUUUGUUAUUUUUUAUACAUAUUCUUUUAACAAAAUAAACUUUGUUGUUCUUUGGCCUUGGAAGCUGGACAUUCAUGUCCAGUCACUACACAAGCAUAGAUACCGUAUUUUCUGGACUAUAAGCCGCUACUUUUUUCCCCUGCCUUGAACUCUGCGGCCUAAACAACGAUGCAGCUAAUCUAUAGAUUUUUACGGGCUAACGGCCCGGUGAUGCGAUGAGGAAAACGCUAGUCAUUUUGGGUGUCAUGCACAUACCGCCAUCAUGAAAAACACUCGAAAAAAUGCAUAUGAUGCAGCUUUUAACUUAAAAGCAAUCAAACUGGCUGUCCAAGAAGGAAAUAGAGCUGCUGCACGUAAGCUUGGCGUAAAUGAAUCAAUGGUGAGACGUUGG